AGGAGGAAGAGGCGGGACGCUUUGCAGCCUCCCAAGCAGGAGCGGGGAGAGGGAAGCAAAUGGGGAAGAGGCUGCUGAGGUCUGGAGGAAGGGGAAGGAAGGCUGGCCGGGAGCGGGAAGCGUCGGGAGCCUCCCUGCCUCCCCUGUUUCUCGCCUAGGUUCCUGGACCUGCCUCCAGGAGGAUGAAGGAAGGCGCUCGGAGGGAGUGAUUGGCACGCCGAGGAAGAAGAGGAGGAGGAGGAGGGUCUGCUGGAGGAGGUAGACUUCCCAAUGAAGACAGAAGCCCCUGCCACCCUUGAGCACCCUUUUCUUAUGCCAUGAAUAACACCACUAUGCCCACCUCUCCUGGGCCAGCCAAUGACUCCCUGGUGGAAUAUGUUUUGGUGCCAUUUUUCCUUAUCACCAUUGUCGGGGUCAUCAUGGCCGUGAUGAUGUACAUCCAGAAGAAGAGGAGGUAUGACCGGCUGCGUCACCAUUUGCUGCCAAUGUAUAACUAUGAUCCUGCAGAAGAGCUGCAUGAAGCUGAACAGGAGCUCCUAGUAGAGCCAGAGGACACAAAAGUGAUGAGGACCUGGGGAGGAUACCAACCUUGCCGUGGUUCAUUUAUGGACGUGAAAACUUGAUGAUGCUUAGCUCAGACUGACCAAUGGUGUAUAUGGAUGAUCUCGUCUACCUGGCAUGUAUGCGAUCUUGAAACACGCCCAAACCACAUUAACUUUGAACCUGCUGCCUUUCCACUUCAAUAUUGUCUUUAUUUUAUUUUUGCCUUGACUCCUAGCAAGAGGUGAGUCCAUUUAGGCUGUACUGCUAACACAUGUCCUUUUGGGUACCUGGUAUGCAGAGUCAAAGGCUUGCACAUCUGAAUCUAGAAAAAUUACUUGACCUGAUGACAUUCCUUACUCCUAGGCAUUCUGCUUUCUAAUUGGUAUGGAUGUUGGGGGAGAUGCAAGAGCUUCUUGAAUUUCAGGUGAAAGUAGCUCUUGUUCUGUGAGCUAUCAUCCACCAAUGGCUCAGUUUUCUAAAAGCUCCAGCUGACCUCUUCUUUUGUGAAGAAGCAGCAAAAGCUGCAGCUGCUAUGCCAUUCCAGUGCAUUUGCUAGCUGCCUCGCUGUGCUAAUAUACCUAUGCAUAUAAAUGGGUUUGUCACUUAGGUCUUGGGUUCCUGUGAUGUCUCCCUUGAUGGAUGCAGAAUAAAAUGGUAAUGCUGUGUAAGCAAGAAAACUGGGUAUGUGUGGCUAUAAUGUAACAUUCUUUACUUUGAAAUAUGUGUAAUGAGUACAUGCUGAUCUGUAUGGCUAUUGUUUGAUGGAUGUGCUGGGAGGAUGAUUUUUCUGGGAAGGUUGUGCAAAGGACAUUGGGUGAAAGGGGCCUUAAAUGUAUUGUUGAAAAUUUAUUUGUUCCUUCAGGAAAGUUUUGAGUUCAUCAGGGUGGUUCUUUCUAUGAGGUUUUGUAUUUGGGAGCUCAUAUAUUUUGUAAAUAAAUCCCAUCCUGAACUGGAA